UCAUCCUGUCACGUUGUUACUUGUUGUUGUUGUUGUAACUGAACUAAACUGAACCUUAACCUUCGAAAGCUUCAACCAGUUUUGUUUUGUAUUUGUUGUACCAUUGUUCUAAGUAAAUCCAAGAAGAGGUGUAGACUGUUAUUGUUUCCUCUAUAACGCCAAAGAUGGCCGAGGAAAAGUUAACUCCAUUGGAAGAGGAGGCAUUGAAACGCAAGGAGAGAUUAAAGGCUCUGAAACGCAAGCGUGAAAACGGUGGUGAAGCUUCAGAAGAAACACCGGCUGUCAACCCUACUCCUCUACCCAAACCCAAAUUUCGAAGCUACAAGCCGCAGGAUGAGCAACUUAAAGAGAGUGUCAUGCCUACUGCCAAACCCGCAGAUGUUUCAGAUGAAGUGAAAGAACAGCUUGAAGCUGCAGACAGUAGAGUUGUAAUGGAUGACCUGGACAUCACCAAAUUAGCUCCACGGAAGCCUGAUUGGGAUCUGAAACGAGAUGUAGCCAAGAAGUUGGAAAAACUAGAGAAGAGGACUCAGCGGGCUAUUGCUGAACUUAUUCGAGACAGACUACGAUUAGAGCAAGGGGAUGACCUUGCAUCCGCUGUGAAUGUUGGGGCCCGAGCACAACUACAAGAGAAUAAUGAAGAUGACUAAUCUGCAUUAGAGUUUAAUGUAUUUUAUGUAUUUUGUCUCCAAAACACUUUCAUUGUAGACUAUUAUAUUUGUACUUAUGUUUACCUGCAAUCCUGUUUCAAAGAUUUUAAGUUUCAUUUUCAUGGUUUUUCCAACUCCUGUUAAGUCAUCUUUUUAUGAAUGACUUUGUGUUGUUUUCUGCUGUGACCUCAUAGGAACGUUUUUUAAUGGACCAAAAUGAAACUUUUACUUCAGGUCAUGUCUCAAAUUUAGUAAUUUUUAUUGGCUUUCUCAUCAAACUACAAAUGCCUGUUUACUCAUUACAUAAUUUCUGACAAAUUUAAGUACAAAACAACAAAAAUAUGUAAAUUGUGGUACCAUUUGAAUGCUUGUUUUGUACCUCGGCAAGCAAAAGCUACCCUUAAAUACUUCAACAAUUUUUUUAAAAAAAGUUUUUACUUAUCUACUUAACGAUAUUUCUUAUUAUCAAUAAGUGUAUCCCCACGUGCUGUAGCUCUUGAUGUAAAAAAAAGGCAGGGUGGGGAACCCCAACUAGAAAAAAUUUCAUACCAACCGGUAGCAUUUUUUGUCAGCAACAUCAAUAUUAUUUUGACACUAAAGGUUACCCAUGAGAAUUUUUUCAAUCAAUUUUAAAAGGACUGGUUGUGUUUUUGACAUAAUUAGUUGGUGUGAAAAUCUUCCUCAUCAUGGUAAACUGCCUUUUAUUUAUUUUUUACACCAUGAAUUAUAGGGCCCUGGUGCUUGCGCACAAAAUAAUUGGAUUACAGAACAUUUCAUAAAACUACAUCUUUGGUAUAAAAUUAUGAGUGGUCAAACAUCAUGCCACUGAAUCUUUCUCAAUAUUCUAUUGCUAAAGUUACAUUGGUCUGGAAAUCAAAUGUACCACAAUAAAACAAAUAUUAUAGGUUUCUCAACUAAUUGCUGUAGAUCGGAUCAAUUGGGCUCAAUGUGCACUCUCCCUACAACAAGUAACCAAUAAAUGUGAUUCUCAUU